AUGGGCAAGGACAAAUCCUCCUCCCGGCUCUCCUUGCCGGCUUUCCUCCUACCGACUCUCAAGUUCCCCCUCCGCCCCGGCCGCUCCAUCGACUUUUCUGUCCCGUCCUCCUCCUCCCCGGAGUCCCAGGCGAAUCCUACCCCCGUCACCGCCCUCCGCGUCUCCCGCACCCAGCCCGAUACCCUCCGCUGCUCGACCUGCUCAACGGACCUCGCCUUCGCCUCCCAGAUUGUGAGCAAAGGCUUCACCGGCCGCCACGGCCGCGCCUAUCUCGUAGCGCCCCCGACGGACCCCUCCGCCCCGACGUCCUACUCCACCGCCGACCUCAUCAAUAUCCGCGUCGCCCGCUGCGAGAGUCGCCAGCUCGUCACGGGCUGGCACACCGUCGCCGACAUCUCCUGCCUCGUCUGCCACACCAAGCUAGGCUGGAAGUACGUCGACGCCAAGGAACACAGCCAACGCUACAAGGUCGGCAAGUUCAUCCUCGAGACUGAGAGGGUCCUCACCUACAAGAGCUGGGAGGACGUCCCCGCCUCUCCCCGCCCCCGCUGGCAGCAAGACCCUGCGGGCGGCGCGGCCGGCCAGGGGCCCGACGUCGAGUUCGACUCCGACGAUGACGACGAAUGCGAUGAAAUCUUCGCGGGGACGUGGAAUCCCGAUGUUGUCGCGAAGCGUCGAAGUCGUCAGGUCAGCUACGAGAGAGAGUAG